CUUGCAAGUAGUAAAUGCGGCCAGUAUGUUGACACUGGAAUUCUAGCAUCUGACUUGCAGAAAACAUACAGUGCAGAAUAUGGACGAAGAAAAAGAAAUGCUUUUAGAAUACAAGUUGAAAAAGUGUUUGGAAUAAUUAAUAAUGAAAAAGAACGCAAAGAUUUAGCAGUUUUAGAAGCUGAACAUGUGGCAAAAAGAGCAAGACAACAAGAGAAAAAUGAGACUGCAGGAAGUGCCACAGAUCUCUCCGAUUAUGAUGAUUAUCCAGAAGAUCUAUCUACAAAUCAUAUGAACAGUUCCCUGCUGAGCUUAUACAAGAAAGGAAAUCCCGAUUCUGUUCCAACCACUCCAAAAAAUGAACCAAUGGAAACCCCCCCUCCUGUGCGAACAGCUCCUCAAACAAGCACCCUCUCACCAGGAGCAAGAGUCGAAACACGCAUCUCUGAAGGGGGCUGGUUCAUUGAUAAAACUCCGUGUGGAAAAGACUUUUUCAUUGACCUUUCUGAGGAUGGAGAAGGAGAUGAGAAGAAACUGAUUUCUGAGAAAUCAACAGAAUUUUCUGUCUUGGAGAGUGAAAGAAAGAAGACAAAGGGUAAGAGAGCAAAAAGAAAAAAAGAAGAAUUUCUAGAUGUAGAUGGAGAAAUUGAUUCCAUCUUACUUAAAGAGAAAGUUAGAAGUAAAGUACGAGAGCUUUACCAUCCUUCAGUGAAGUUUGAGGAUGUAGGAGGCAAUGAUGAAACCUUAAAGGAAGUAUGCAAAAUGCUCAUUCAUGUCCGUCAUCCCGAAGUCUAUAACCACGUAGGUGUGGUUCCACCUCGCGGUUUUCUUUUACAUGGACCACCAGGAUGUGGAAAGACACUACUUGCACAGGCAAUUGCUGGGGAGCUUGAGCUCCCAAUGCUGAAAGUGGCAGCGACGGAGAUGGUGUCUGGAGUGUCUGGGGAAUCUGAGCAGAAACUGAGAGAAUUGUUUGAGCAGGCUGUGUCCAGUGCACCAUGUGUCCUUUUCAUUGAUGAGAUUGAUGCAAUCACCCCAAAAAGAGAAGUUGCAUCGAAGGACAUGGAGCGGAGAAUUGUUGCUCAGUUCCUAACUUGUAUGGAUGACUUGAAUAACGUGGCUGCCGCUACCCAGGUCCUUGUUAUCGGAGCAACAAACAGACCUGACUCACUGGACCCUGCGCUGAGGCGAGCUGGGAGGUUUGAUCGAGAAAUUUGUUUAGGGAUCCCAGAUGAAGCAGCAAGAGAAAAAAUUCUUCGGACUUUGUGUCGAAAACUUAAGCUCCCGGAGUCCUUUGAAUUUCGUCACUUAGCACGGCUGACUCCGGGUUAUGUAGGUGCUGACCUGAUGGCACUUUGUCGUGAGGCAGCUGUGUGCACAGUGAACAGGGUCCUGAUAAAAUCUGAGAAGCAGAAAAGGAAACACGUACACACUGGAGGAAACACAGCUGAAGAAAGCAUGGGAAUAGAAACAGACAUCCUGGUGGAAGAGGAUACCAAACAACUAGAACUUCCUCCUAAGGAUGAAUUGCAGAGACUUCUGGAUUUGCUGAAGAAGCAAGACCCCUUGCCUGAGGAGCAGCUGCAGAAGCUGUGCAUUGAGAUGAAUGAUUUUAUUGUUGCACUGUCAUCAGUGCAACCCUCUGCCAAGAGAGAAGGCUUUGUCACAAUUCCUGAUGUGACAUGGGCAGAUAUCGGAGCCCUGGAAGAUGUUCGGGAGGAGCUGACUAUGGCAAUAUUGGCACCUGUGCGAAACCCAGAGCAGUUUAAAGCUCUGGGCCUGACUACUCCAGCUGGUGUGCUGCUUGCAGGGCCUCCUGGGUGUGGCAAAACACUGUUAGCUAAGGCCGUGGCAAAUGAGUCCGGACUGAACUUCAUAUCUGUGAAAGGUCCUGAACUGCUAAAUAUGUAUGUUGGUGAAAGUGAACGUGCUGUACGUCAGGUAUUCCAGCGUGCCAGGAAUUCAGCCCCUUGUGUUAUAUUUUUUGAUGAAGUUGAUGCUUUGUGCCCUCGGAGAUCUGACCGUGAAUCAGGAGCCAGUGUCCGAGUAGUUAACCAGUUGCUCACAGAGAUGGAUGGUCUGGAGAAUCGUCGUCAGGUUUUCAUUAUGGCUGCCACAAACAGGCCAGAUAUAAUUGAUCCAGCUAUCCUGCGUCCUGGUAGACUGGAUAAAACACUUUAUGUGGGUUUGCCACCACCUGCAGAUCGACUUGCUAUUUUAAAGACCAUCACCAAAGAUGGCACCUGGCCUCCACUAGAUACUGAUGUAAGCCUUGAAGAAAUUGCUUACAAUCAACAUUGUGAUUGUUAUACAGGGGCAGACCUUUCCGCUCUAGUGCGUGAGGCUUCAAUUUGUGCCUUGAGACAGGAAAUGGCCCUGCAGAAUACUAAAAGCAAGAAAGGUAAGAAAGCUUUACAAAAAUCUUAACUGAAUAGUGAGAAGAUAAAUGGAAUGUAAAGUAUUUAAGGUAGUUCAAGACAAGCAUAAAGGCGUGCAUGCUGUACAUAAAUGAUUGACUUCUCAGCCAAGCAAAAAUUAAGUCAGAUUUGUUUCAAGAGCACAUAAACAUCUUUGAAGUAGAUGUAGGGGAGAGUACAGGAAAAAAUGGUUAUGCUGGAGGCUCAGCAUAAAUUUUUUUUCUAAAAGAAUUGAACCUUGUAAUCUUAAAGUUUAUGUUAAAUGGUAGUAUAAACUGACAAUUUAUAUACUAGACUGAGUACAUCUUUACCAAAUUUCCACAUUACUAUCAAAGACUAAUUAUACUGACUUAUUUGCAGAUUUGAGUACAGU